UUCACGUGAAAAGAAAUUUAAAAGAUUAAGGAAAAGCGAGUUAUAUCGCCUUUCCAAGUGUAAAAUUAAAUUGGGCGUGCGUUUGAUAGGGCAUCGAACCAGUGCGGUUUUCAUAUAUGUUUAUAAUCAAAUUGCAUGAAGAAUUUAUUUAAUCAUUGAAAAAUUGUAAGCAAAGGAACGGUGGUGCGCAAACCAGCUUGGUACAUUGUUUUUGGCAUAGACUAUUUUGGAUUUGGUCACGAAGCUUUGACUACUAGUUGCAAAGUAUUUGGAAUUCAGGUCAUACGAGCAGCUGUUAUCAAUUGCAGAAAAGUAAGCAACCGAUAUCGUGGAAAGUGGGAAAGUGGAAAACGUGGAGGAAACUAACCGCCAAAGCAAAAGAAACAAUAGCUCCCGCCGAGAGAAAAUCGGGAAGCAAGCAACAGUCAAAGCAAGUGACAAUUGCACCUCGUUGAUGAUUGGAAGAGCGGACAAGGCAAGGCGACAGCAUCGGCUUUCGGUCGGUAAAGAGUGAAAAACACAUUGCGAAGUUUUAGUGACGCGCAGAAAUCGGAAGACAACGUUUGGGAUCUGCAUAACCACUAUUCAGCGGAGGCAAGUUUUGCCUUUAUUCGUUGUAAAAGCAGUUUGUUUACAGCCAAAAUUCUGCAUCGCAGGCGAUUAAAUAGCAACAUUAGAAGCAAACUAUCGUUAAAAUUUGACUAUAGAUUGGCGUGUAGUUUAUAUAUUGCGUUUCUUGUGAUUUUAUACAACAAGCACCAUGAACGUGGACGACUACGAAUCAUUGCCAACGACCAGCGUGAGCAUCAACAUGACGGCCGGUGCACUUGCGGGCGUGCUGGAACAUUGUGUUAUGUAUCCAUUGGAUUCGGUUAAAACAAGAAUGCAAAGUUUAUCGCCAGUAACUUCCAAAUAUGACAUCAGCACUACCUUCAAGAAUAUGAUCAAAAAAGAGGGUAUUAUGAGACCCAUUCGUGGUGUCUCGGCUGUUGUUGCUGGCGCUGGACCCGCACAUGCGCUGUACUUUGGUUCCUAUGAGAUGACGAAAGAGCUCCUGACUAAGGUCACCACCAACAAUCAUGUCAAUUAUAUGGCCUCUGGUGCUGUGGCGACACUCAUACACGAUGCCGUAUCGAAUCCAACGGAUGUGAUAAAACAACGCAUGCAAAUGUACAAUUCGAAAUAUAGUACAGUUAUUGGCUGUAUGAAAGAUGUGUAUCGCAAUGAGGGCAUCAAAGCUUUCUACAGAUCAUAUUCCACACAACUAGUGAUGAACAUACCAUAUCAGACAUUACAUUUUGCAACAUACGAGUUUUUCCAAAAUACGUUGAAUCAUGAACGGAGAUAUAGUCCCGUGGUUCAUAUGGUUGCCGGUGGUGCGGCAGGUGCUACUGCUGCUGCCUUCACGACGCCUCUGGACGUAGUGAAAACGUUGCUAAACACACAGGAGAACGGUCAUACAAAAGGCAUGAUUGAAGCGAUUCGACAGAUCCAUGGAGUAGCUGGGGUAAAAGGCUUUUUCCGCGGCAUGUUGGCGCGUGUUUUGUACUCAAUGCCCGCCACAGCCAUAUGCUGGUCAACAUAUGAAUUUUUUAAAUUCUAUUUGGCUGGCUCUAAUCACAGUACGUACAAGUCAUCGAUAACUGGCAAAAAUGCAUUGCAGCGACGAGAAGAAACACCUGAGCGCGGCGAAAAAACUGCCUAUGUAUUGCCCGUAACAACCACCGAAACAGAGGAGGUGGCGAAUGCAAAAGCAACAAUAACAACAACAACAACAAUGCCUACAUCACCCAGCAGCGGUACAGGUGGUGGUGCGACAGCUGGCCCAACGCCAGGUGGCGCAACUGCGAUCAAAAGCGUGUGUGAACUGCCCAGUAAUGUGACUACAUCAGCAUUAAAUCUGCACACGAGGCAUACAGAUGUCAAAAGUGCGCGACCAUUCGAACGAGGAUACUCGAGUCCGUAAUUCUAAGUGUGAUCACCAGAUACGAAGCGAGCGUUGGAGAGAGGGGAGCAACACGAGACGAAAAAUAUUGUAAUGUACAAAAAUAAAUUUAAAAAAUCUACAGUAAGCAGAGCUAGGGCCAGCGAUAUGCGUUCAUAGCAGACGACAUCAUCAUUAUUACGUUUGGCCAUGCUGGUGUGUUUCUCGAGGGAAGCCUGGGCGUGUUUUGUAUAGUGGCGAGGUAAGGGCAGGUGGAGGUGUAUAUAACAGCGUCGACGUGGACCGUCACACUGUAGGUCGCCCCAAAAACCUCCCUUCCGUGAAGACAAAGAAUGCUUAGUAAGGAACUUGAUUUUAUGGUGUUUAGAUACCCACCACCUGCCUGUAGCGAUUUUUCUAAAUGCAAACAACCAAGAAAAACAAAUCGGAAGA